AUGCGGAGGACCAAUAACAUUGGGCUCUUGGCCUUAGGCCUUGCCUCCUCCAUCAAAGGGAUCUCAGCAGGCCUAACAUGGCCUUCUGCCUAUGACGAGAUCGAAGAUAUCAUGUUCCUAAACAAUGGCUACAACGCCAGAGAGUUUCCCAUUCUCCUUCAACCUUGCACCAUUGUCAAAGAACCUGGACACUCAAUCGCUGCUGGUCUCAUCCGGACAGCUUUCCACGACAUGGCUCCUCAUGAUGCUUCAACGGGGAUUGGAGGUGUUGAUGCGUCGAUCGGGUUUGAAUUGGACUCGAACAUCUAUCCGACCAACACCGGCAUUGCUUUCAACAAUACUAUGCACUUUUAUUCUCAAUUUUUCAAUAGCCGAGCUCCCAUGGCUGAUCUGGUCAAUGUCGGGCUCUACCAGGCAGUGAGAGCAUGCGGAGGCCCGGUUGUCCCAGUGCGAGCCGGACGAGUUGACGCUACAGGUCCUGGUCCCGUCGGUGUGCCUCAGCCUACCGACCAGAUGCCGAAGAUGAUUGGCGAAUUUCGCCGCAUGGGAUUCAGCCCCGAAGAGAUGGUUGCAAUGGUUGCUUGCGGCCACAGCAUUGGCGGCGUCCAUUCAGCUGAGCAUCCUGACAUCGUACCUCCGUACAGCACCCCGCUAGGUGUUCAAGAUUUGGACUAUACCAACGCUACUUUCGACAACGCUGUUGUCACAGAGUACCUCGACGGUACCACCAAAAAUCCUCUUGUCGUUGGUGCAAAUCCCGCUGCUUACUCUGAUGGCCGUAUAUUCGGGUUGAACAAGAGACAGACGGUAUCAGCCUUGGCCGAUCCCAAUGCUUACGCCAGCACCUGCUCUGGAAUCCUUGCAAGGAUGGUCAAUACUGUCCCAGCUGGUGUACAAUUGUCCGAUGCCAUUGCUCCCUAUGACCUCAAACCUUCAAAUCUUCAGCUCAAUGUAGCUGCUGAUGGACAAAAUCUUGAGUUCACCGGAGAGCUCCGCAUUCACACCAACAGCUUGCCUUCAUCCUCCAUCGCCAGCGUUCAGGUGGUCUACAAGGACAGGACUGGAGCCUCGAAUAAUGGGCGCACCAUUGCUGCUUCCGCUCUGGGCGAUGCUAAUGGUUUCGACGACACAUUCACGUUCUACGGCUUUGAGGGCACAAUCCCAGCAAUGACUUCGAUUUCGUCUUUCACCGUUGUGGCCACCCUAACCAGCGGCUCAACUCAAUCUUUCGACAACAACGGCCAAGGGUACCCGAUCUCGGACAAGAUCUUCGCACAAACCUCCUACUCUUCUCUUGCUGCGACAGACGGCUCCGGCAACCAGCAGUUGACUGUCUUCGCAGCUGUGCGUACCGGCGAAACUUCCGAGCCAGUCACCCUCUCCGUGGAUCUCAUCAACCCAAUCACGUACAACAACCUGCCGACAGUCAGCACAGUCCCCACGCCCAUGACAAACGUGUGCGCUGGCCAGUACUACACCUUCUAUUCCGCCACUUUUGGCGUGCCCGCUGCGGGUGCAAACUUCACCAAAUACGAUGUGACCACGAGCUCCAACGGAGCAACUGUCUCGGACAGUUUCAAGAAUCUAGCUGGCCUUCCGGUCACGGCCAGCACCGCGCCAUCAUGUGGCGCUGCUUCGAGCAAGAGAGCGAUUAACUUCAGCGCGUAA